UUUUUCUCGCCGGCAUACAGCACACCGGUCGGCCAUUGUCGAAACAAUCGACGAUCAGCUGCGCUUUCACCCAUUUAUCAACCGCCAACCGCCAUUUAACCGCCGUCUCUCUACCAAAGAACACGUGUGUCAAGCGUUCUAGCAAAUUCCACAAUGCCUGUCCCCAGCCUUCAAAAACCAGCGCCGGAUUUCAAGGGCACCGCCGUCGUCGAGGGCCAGUUCAAAGAAAUCAGCCUCUCGGACUACAAGGGCCAGUACGUGGUGAUCUUCUUCUACCCCCUGGACUUCACCUUCGUGUGCCCCACGGAAAUCAUCGCCUUCUCGGACCGCGUCGACGAGUUCAAGAGGAUCAAGACGGCGGUGAUCGCCGCCUCCACGGACAGCCACUUCUCGCACUUGGCGUGGGUGAACACCCCCAGGAAGCAGGGGGGCUUGGGGCAGAUGAAUAUCCCGUUGUUGGCUGAUAAGAAUUUCAAGAUUUCAAGGGACUAUGGGGUUCUGGAUGAGGAUACCGGGGUGACUUUCAGGGGGCUGUUUAUUAUUGAUCCCAAGGGGAUUUUGAGGCAGAUUACGAUUAACGAUUUGCCGGUGGGGCGGUCGGUGGACGAGACUCUCAGAUUGGUGCAGGCGUUCCAGUAUACGGAUGAGCAUGGGGAGGUGUGCCCGGCUAAUUGGGCUCCGGGGAAGAAGACCAUGAAGCCGGAUCCACAGGGUAGCAAGACCUACUUCGAGGAGGCUAAUUAAAGUAUUAGUGGGUUUUUCCCAGUUAUUUUUUUGCCAAUUUUUUUGCAGUAUUACCAUGUCUACUCCUAUUUUUUUCCAGUGAAAUAAAGAUUUUGUUCUGAA